CCACAGCUUGACCGUCUUUCCUCCCUCUGGGCCAGACAGACAGAGCGGGACAAACAGGUGAAGGAUCUGGAAGAUGGUGCUGCCUGCCCACUUCAGCUUGGGCCUCCUUGUCUGCCUUGCGAUCGGACCCUUCGUGAGCCGUGGCCAGGCGGCCGCGUGCCCCAGAACUUGGCUCUCCUACAACGGCAACUGCUAUGGCUACUUCCCCCAGGAGGUGACCUGGAGGCAGGCGCAGGCUCACUGCCAGCGCCAGAAGGCCAGCCUGGCUUCCAUUCUGGACAAGAACGAGCACUACGCCGUCGCGGACUUCCUGCACCGUACCCAAGCGGACGACGAGAACGUGUGGAUCGGGUUCUCUAUCCCUUCGAGGAGCCGGGGGUGGGUCUGGGCUGACGGCAGCCCGGUGAGCUACACCGCCUGGGAAAGGUCCAAGCCCUCUCCUUUUGCAAGAAACGAGCACUGCGCCCAGCUGGACGAGGAUGCAGGUUUCAUGGAGUGGGACAACGACUCCUGCAAUGACCGGAACCCUUUCCUCUGCAAGCUGUAGGCGAAGCACCGGUGUGGCUGACACAGGCCCCCCCCCCAGGUCCUGCAUGUGACCCCUCCUCUGCAGCCCUCGUGUGUGUCACCUCCCAACUCCUUCGUUCCCGGCCCAUCCCUCUGACACUGGCAAUAAACCCCUCCC